AUGACUGCUAUUGACGAGUCGUCAGAUUUACGGCUUCAGUUACAGGCCGAUAAAACCAGCUGGUUAGUUGAAAACACGACCGCACUCUACAAUGUUUCGGAUCUUGCUUCUAGUGCGAUGGCCGCUGCCCGUCAUAAUCACGUUCUCACUCAACAAGAAAGUUCUAACAAUGUUCUUGAAAGAAAUGGCGGGAUCAGUAUUAGUGGAAAAGCGAAUGGUACGGAAAUGGAGGAGGAUAUAAUGUGGAGUUCGAGCGAGACGACAAGUUUAUUGAGUUACAUAGAUCAAAAUUAUAGCGCUUGGCAUUCGGGAAACAAAACGAAAUUUUACAAGCAACUAAUCAGUGAAGUUUUAAAGAAUAGAAAUCCGACGCAGGUUAAAAACAAGGUACAUAAACUUCUCGCGAAAUAUCACAAAAUUCGCGCACAAAAAGCUUCUGGUGGGGCUGCGCCGAACUGGACCUGGUAUGCACGGAUGGAUCAGGUGUUUGGUCAACAUGGACAUACUCCCUCGAAUAAUCUAUUAAUAAUGGGUGAUCCCAAGCCCACUAACAAUAACAACAACAAUCAUAACGGCGUAGAAUCUUCGGAUGAUUCUGAAGAAAAUAAGCGUCCGACAAAAAGGAGGAAGCGUCUAGUAACUCAAUCAUCACAAAUAGUAACACAAUCAUCACAAUCACAGCCACCACAAUCACUACCACUAACAACACACACUACCUCCAAUAUUACCAUCGCUCCUGCUGUCAAUCCACCAGUCAUCAGCAACCUUGAUGAUUUUAAUACCAACGCAUCUACAGCGUCUAGUUGUAGUAAUUCCGCAUCUCGAAUCAUACAACCAUCGAUUAUUAGACAUGUAAACACCGGUUCAUCAGAUUGGCUCGAGACAUAUCUAAAAGAGAAACUUGCAGCUGAGCUACGCGAAUUGGAAAUUCAAAAUAACCUAAAAAAGGAUAAAAUGCAAUACGACUUCCAGAUAGAAAAAGAACGGAUGAAACAUGAAUUUGAAAUACAAAAUAAAAGAGUCGAGGUUGAAAAGAUAAACGCAGAAAAUGCACAAAAGAAGUUGAAUAUGGAUCUCGAGCAUUUUCGUAUAUUAAAGAUGCAACUUGAGUUACAAGUGAAAGAAGCUGAACUGAAAUUGCACCAACAACAGCUUUAA